GCAACAUUCGGAUUGGCGGAUUUUUGCGAACUCCAGAUGUUAUAAAUAGUUAAUUUCGUUGGUAAAUCCAUGAUUUACCGGCCUGAAUUGCGUGUUUGUAAAGCGCCUAUGUAUGAGAUAAUUUGCAUGCGGCAUACCGCUCGUAAAGAUCGCCAUAGUGUAAGGAGUUAUGAAGUUCGCAUAAUUCGGGUUGCAUGAUACAAUUUAUAUUACGAGGUGUAACUAAUUGUCGUUGGAUAAUUUUAGAUAUGAAGCACAAUUGGAAAUGGAAUAUCUACUAUGAGCUAGGAAAACUUUGAAUGGGUAUGGGAGCAAGAGACUGGAAGGAUUGGAGACCUUUCGUAUACGGGGGAUUAGCAUCAAUUGUUGCAGAAUUUGGUACAUUUCCAUUGGACACAACAAAGACUCGUCUUCAGGUACAGGGGCAAAAACUGGACCAGAAGCAUGCCUCUUUAAAAUACUCUGGCAUGACAGAUGCAUUGGUGCAAAUAUCAAGGCAGGAAGGAUACAGAGCUUUAUAUUCUGGGAUCAGCUCUGCUGUUCUGAGACAAGCCACAUACGGUACAAUUAAGUUUGGGACUUACUACUCGCUUAAAAGAGCAGCAACAGACAAAUGGGGGGCUGAUGACAUAGUCCUGAUAAACAUAGUUUGUGCAGCAGUAGCAGGUGCAUUUUCAAGCGCAAUUGCCAACCCAACAGAUGUGGUAAAAGUUCGUAUGCAAGUCAGAGGCGUUGAGGCAAACGUGUCCUUGUUCAGUUGCUUUCAAGAUGUUUACCACAACGAAGGUGUUCGCGGCUUGUGGAAGGGUGUUGGACCAACUGCUCAACGAGCAGCAAUCAUUGCAGCUGUGGAAUUGCCGAUAUACGACUACAGUAAACAGAAGUUAUUGAACACCCUUGGAGACAGCGUGGCAAAUCACUUUGUGUCAAGUUUUAUUGCCAGUAUGGGCAGUGCGGUAGCUUCAACUCCAAUCGAUGUUGUGCGAACACGUUUAAUGAAUCAAAGAAGGGUUCGUUUGGCUUGUGGCGGUCUUUCAGCCAGUAUUUACUCUGGUAGCAUCGAUUGUUUUGUUCAGACUGUGAAGAACGAAGGUUUCUUUGCCCUGUACAAAGGUUUUAUUCCAACCUGGUUCAGGAUGGGUCCUUGGAAUAUAAUUUUUUUCAUAACAUACGAACAGUUGAAACGUUAUUGAUUACGAAAGUGUCGACUAACGGAGUUCCAGCGCCUGUAGUCAGUAUUGAACUCUACCGCAAUUUUAGUAACCAUCCAUCCAAACGUAGUUCUAUCAAUUUACGGCUUAUGUUGCUGAUCAUCAACACUGAUAAGGAUGUACAGCUCAGGGUGUCUUUGUUGGAACAUAAGGAUAAAUACUCAGUCUCACCCUUUGUGAAUGCUACAUUCGUAGUAUGUUUUAAAAUUCUUGACAGAUAGAAACUGCGUCUCGCUUAUAGAAAUUUUUGUCCAUCGAAAAACUAUACCAUUCUUAAUUGAAUUAGCAAAUUGGCUCGUCAAUAAUAUUUAUUAUUAUUAUAAGUUACUAUGCGAAUGACGAUAUUCAAUAAUUUUACAUAUGUACUUUUAAGACGUACUUAUGAAUACCAGUCAAAACGUGAUAAUUACUUAUUGAGCUAUUAAUUAUUAUACGCAUAUUACGACUAAUAGAUCUUACGAAUAUACGACCAUAGUAAAGUUAGAAACAAAAAUAUUCAACUACACAUAUCACAAGAGAAAGUAGUAGAUUAUUGCAUUUCAGAGUAAAAUUCUUCUCAAUUUGCGUUCUGAUUCUCAUUUGACAAUGAGUCUUUGUAUUUACAUGUAAAAAUGACAAUCUGUCCCAUAGAACAUACCAAAUAUUAGGAUAUUUAAAUACUCUGGUUUACAUGCACUACGAAAAGACCAUUGUUCAAUGGUCCUUAAAAUUGUGAAGCAAUUCGGAUAAAUAUGUCUUUUGCAGAAACAUCAACGCAUUUUUGACAAUUAUAGUUAUAACAUGAAAUAUUACUCCGAAGAAAAAAAACAAAAACAAAAAAAUAUAUUCCAACAGUGCUGGUGCUUCUACCUUUGUGUGGAUUGAAUUCAGCACAUACUAUCUCUGAAGUAAUUGCAACAAGAUGAAACCAGUAAUCAGCAUUUGCGUCUGUAUAUUGUGAUGCUUGCGAGUGUAUAUUGUAAUCUUAGGUAGUUGGUGUUUAAUCAUUUCUUUGAAGCAGUACAAAUUAGUGUAGGAAAAUCGAGUACGUGUAUUAUUUAUUUGCUUCAUAAUGAAAUGUCCAUAUUAGUGUCAACUAGGUACAUCAACACGAGUUAUUGCCAUGAUAGUCUUUUACCGGUGUUGAAAAAGCAUUGCUAUACAUUAUAUUGUAGUAUUUAUAAAUCGUAAAACGAUUGAGUGCCGCAAUACACAUGAGAAACCAAUCAUGAAAUAAAUCGACUGUUCUUGAUGUUUCU